CGUACGCCGCCAUCUCGUGAUAAUACAAUGACAGUAAGGUAACAGUAUCUCGUGUAGGAAUCGCACGCUUGGUUAUCUGGGCGAUUUGAUACGUUUUGAGACAUGCGAUGAAAUGGGACUUUGCUUGUAGGAUAGAGUGUGAAGAAACUGUAAUAAUAAUGCCAAUUGUCUUCAUCUUACAGUGCACUAAGUCUAGAUAUGUCAUAAGUUGCAUAAUUGACACAACAUGGUUGCUUCCUUGAUCAGAACGUGUACAGAAUUUAGUUUACUAAAACAGCCGUUUUGCAAAAUCGUCACAGGCAAUAAUGUAAGGAAACGUGUCUUGCAAUGUUCAUUUCUCACCUGUAUUCAAUGCGAGCAUUAUCACACGACACAAUGUUCCAAUGCGUCAAAGAAGAACACCUUUAAACAAUUAAAACCAAAAAGGAAGUUACCAGUUGUGGAUGUAUGGAAAAGAAUGACACUAGCGGAACUAGCAACAUCCUCAAAAAGGGAUAUAGAUGAUGUUAUUGAAGCAAUUUGUCUAUCUAAUCCUAGUUCUCGUCAACAUUACAAUAAAAAUACUGUUGUAGAAGAUCAGAAUGUACUUCAUAGCGCUGUACGAAUACUUGGAGCAAAAUUUAAAGUGGUCCCUCAACCGGAUAGUGAAGAAAUGGAAAACGAAGCAAACGAUCAUGAUGUAACUAAGCGGCCUCCAGCAGAUGCAUCUGUACUGAUAAAACGACAUCCAGUGGUAACAAUUAUGGGCCAUGUCGACCAUGGUAAAACUACUUUAUUAGAUACAUUGCGUAACACGUCUGUUGUGAAAACGGAAUUUGGUGGUAUCACGCAACACAUCGGUGCCUUCAAUGUAACAUUGAAAACGGGAGAAAGAGUUACGUUCCUGGACACACCUGGACAUGCUGCGUUCAACUUGAUGCGAAUGAGAGGUGCUCAAGUAACCGACAUCGUAGUAUUGGUUGUAGCAGCGGAUGACGGUGUCAUGGAGCAAACCGUGGAGAGCAUCAAUAUGGCGAGGGCUGCAGACGUGCCGAUUAUUGUGGCCAUCAAUAAAAUCGAUAAACCAGAAGCCGAUAUUGACAGGACGCAGAAGAUGCUUGCGCUUAGGGGGAUUCACGUAGAAGCUCUAGGUGGGGACAUUCAGAGUGUCAAUAUAUCUGCAUUACGUGGGACUAACGUAGAUACUUUGACCGAGGCUAUAGCAUUGCAAGCCGAGAUUAUAGAAUUAAAAGGCGAUCCGACGGGGUUGGUCGAAGCCACCGUAAUCGAAUGUUCCACCAAUCCCCAUCGUGGAAAAUUAGCGACAGCUUUAAUUCAACGUGGUACUUUGAGAAAGGGCUCGUUUCUCGUGAGUGGAUUAGCAUGGGCUAAAGUGAGAGCCAUGUUCGAUCAUUCUGGAAAUCCGGUUACGGAAGCCAAAUUGUCCGAGGCGGUACAAAUCAUUGGCUGGAAAGACUUACCUACUGCCGGAGAUCAGAUAUUAGAAGUCGAGAACGAGAAGAAAGUACGUAUGGUAAUGCGGUACAGAGAAAGUGUAAAAGCUCAAAAGUUGGCAAUGGAGCACAAGAUUGCAGCGGACCAGAAACACGAGGAAUACUUGAAAGAAUACAAGGAACAUUUGGCGAAGAGACGACUGCUUGGCAGAUAUACUAAGCUGCCAACUACGCAUAAAGAACUCAGUGAUACGACACCCAAAUUUAACGUUAUUAUAAAGGGCGAUGUCGCUGGUUCCGUGGAAGCUAUAUUAGACGUUUUUAACACGUACGGAAGUGACGACAAAUGUACACUAAGCGUAGUUCAUUACGAUGUCGGACCCGUCACGGAGACAGAUCUGGAACUCGCAGAAGCGUUCGGCGCCAUCAUAUAUCAUUUCAACGUGGGCAUAUCAAAAGCUUUACAACAAGAAGCUACUAAAAAAGAAAUAUCGAUCCGCCCGCAUAACGUAAUAUACAAACUCAUCGACGAUGUUAAAGAGGAGAUCAAUAAGAAGCUACCAGCAGUUGACGCUGAAGAAGUGUUAGGUGAAGCAAACGUGAAGCAAGAAUUCGAGAUCAAGGAAAAUAAAAAGAAGGUAAAAGUUGCUGGUUGCCGGUGCACUAAAGGCGUCCUCAAGAAAAAUGCGAUGUAUCGUUUGAUACGUGGUCAAGACAUUGUCUAUACUGGGAAAUUAAUAUCAAUGAGGCAUUUAAAGAGUGAAGUGGAAACUAUCAAAACUGAUUUCGAAUGCGGCUUGAGAUUCGACGACGACUCCACGUUGUCUUUCAAACCGGGAGACGUUCUAAUUUGUUAUGAGGUAUAUCAGAAGCCACAAGAAACCGAUUGGGAUCCAGGAUUCUAGCGAACGUGUAACAACUUAGUUUUCGUAUCAUCCUGACAAAUUUUUCAGGAUCA